AUGUUUCUUCACCGUGUGUUGUAUGUGGUGGCGUUGCUCUUGAGCAUUAUCUCUUUAUGUGUGGCGGCUGAUGCUGCUGAACUGUCUUCAGGUGAAGUUGUUGAUGGUGGUUGCACUACUGAUAAUAGUCAAACCGAUACGUCUAAGUGUCCUGGAAAUGGUAAAGGUGACUCUGGUCCACCUGGCAAAGCAGGUGAUGCUGGACCUGUUGGUCCUUCUGGCCCUGAUGGAGUUACUGGUGAAGACACCAAUGAUUCUCAGGAUACUAGGGUAAAUCAGCAAAAUCCGACUAGUGGUUCCAGUCCUGCUGCUCACUCUUCACAACGACAAUCUUCUGGUGAACCAGGAAAGCAGGGUCCUUCUGGCCAAAGUGGUGAAGGGAGCAACGUGUCUGGUCGUACUGAAGAAAAUCAGGAAGUCAAUAAAGGAAUUCCUCCUGUUACCACUGUUACUCCUGAAUCUUCUACUUCUGCUCUCACUCCUGAUCCUAACCCUUCUGAGGGGAGUGUUGUUGAGUCUUCAGAUGAUGGCCAAACUGGAGGCAAGGGCAACAAUACAACACGUGAGAGUGAAAAUGGAGAUAACAAUGGAUCUGCGGAGCCACAACCUUCUGCUGACUCUCCUAACACUUCGGCCACAGUGAGUGGUGAUGGUUCAGAUAAUGCAACACCUGGGAAUGGCACUACACCUGCAGAGAGUGAAUUAACAAGUAAUCAAGAAGGUGUUGCAGAUAAUACAGAAACAACCCCUUCAACCACUACCACCACCACAACAACAACAACACUUCCUCCUGAACUCACAAACAACAAGAAGGGUGAUGCAGACAGCAGCAACAGUAUCAGCAGUUCUGUGUGGGUGCGUAUGCCACUACUGAUUGUGGUUACACUGGCCUGUAUUCUUGUGUGCUGA